AUGGUACGUCAGCUGCACGACGGUAUGAUGGCGCGAGUCACGGACAACGGAGCUGUCUCAGACGCAUUCGCAGCGACCAAUGGAGUGAAGCAGGGAUGCGUACUGGCGCCUACCCUCUUCAGUCUUAUGUUCUCUGCCAUGCUGAUGGACGCGUACCGCGACGACCGCCCAGGGAUCCGCGUCGCCUACAGGACGGACGGUGACCUCCUGAAUCAACGGCGGAUGCACUUCAAAUCGCGCGUAUCCACAACCACAGAUCACGAAAUCCUCUUCGCCGACGACUGCGCCCUGAACACCACUUUGGAAGAGGAGAUGCAACGCAGCAUGGACAUAUUCUCCGCCGCCUGCGAGAAAUUCAGUCUGGUCAUUAACACGCAGAAGAGGGUGGUGAUGCACCAACCGCCACCCGACUCAUCCACAGCCCCCAACGAGCCGCCGCAAAUCAGCGUGAAUGGGACCCAACUGCAAGUGGUGGAGAACUUCCCGUACCUGGGCAGUACUCUCUCCCGCAACACCAAGAUCGACGACGAAGUCACCAACAGCAUCUCGAAAGCCAGUCAAGCCUUCGGUCGCCCCCAAAGCACAGUUUGGAAUCGCCACGGUCUUCAGCUGAGCACGAAGCUGAAGAUGUACAAGGCCGUCAUCCUGCCGACACUACUGUAUGGAGCGGAGACUUGGACGGUGUACGCAAAGCAGGCACGCCGACCGAACCACUUCCACCUCAGUUGUCUUCGUCGCAUCCUGAGACUGAACGGGCAGGAUCGCAUCCCCGAUACGGAUGUGCUGCAACGUACAGGAAUCCCCAGCAUCUACGCCAUACUGAGGCACCUGCAGCUGCGCUGGAGCGGCCACCUGGUGCGCAUGUACGACGAACUACUUCCCAAACGACUCUUCUACGGAGACUGGGAGAAGCUCGCACUCGAUCGACCGACCUGGAGGAGGACAGUGAAGACAGGCGCUGCGAUCUACGAAGCUUACCGCAUCGCUGCCGCCAAAGUGAAACGCGAAGCCCGCAAAUCACAACUUCUCCCAGUACGCAACGCCGUUGCACAACCGCUUCCAACGUGUCCUCAAUGUCAACGGACAUUCGUGGCUCGAAUCUGACAUGUUGGACACCUUCGGAUCAACUGCGCCUCUCCAACUGCCCCAACCAUCGUCCCCCCGCCCGCCUCUUCCUCCCCUCCUCCGCCAACUAACUCUGACAAUUCUUCUGACCCACCACUUCCAUCCUCCUCCUCCUCCUCCUCCUCCUCCUCCCCCUCCUCAUCAUCCUCCUCAUCCUCCUCCACCACUGCCCCAACGGCACAUCACCAACCGCGACACAACAACAGACACCACCCCUACCUCUCCCUACUCCAGCGAUGAGGAUCAGGACAACACCUGCCCUCACUGCGACCGCACCUUCACCUCACACAUCGGCAUGGUCGGUCACUUGCAAAUCCAUCGCACAGAGAGUGGCGAGCCAGUGCCUGGAGCACCAACCUACACACACCGCACUCGCCCCCACUGCCCACACUGCCCACACUGCCCUCGCACCUUCACGCCUCGCAUGGGUCUAUUCGGCCACAUGCGCAUUCACGAGAGCGGAAUUGACCACAAUUCUGACACACCCACCACAUCCAACACACCCAUCAGGCCCAGCACCGCCCUCGCUCCAUCGCCACACGCGCCCAUCACCACCACCACCAUCAUUGCUUCCACUACAGCUGACACCGACAACGUGGACCUCUCAUGCCCACACUGCCCACGCACGUUCACCUCACGCAUCGGCCUGGUCGGUCACUUGCGAAUCCAUCGCAUAGAGACUGGCGAACCAGUGCCUGGAGCACCCACCUAUACCCACCAAGCUCGUCUCAACUGCCCGCACUGCCCUCGCACUUUCAGGCAUCGCAUGGGCCUUUCGGACACAUGCGUAUCCACGAUGACCUGCGGUAGACAACCGCCGGUUACACCACACAUCCACACACUCCCUACCUUCCUCCACUAUCACCACCACACAUCAACACGCACCCAACUGCCACCUCCCACGCAAGUGGGAAGUCCGCAUCUCGACUCGGUCUCCAUGCGGCUUCGGCUGCACGGGUGA